AGAGUCAACAUGGCGGCGACGAGCGGAGGAGGCGUGGAGUGGAGCCAACUCGUAAAACCCAUUUUGGCGGCUUCGUAUGGCUCCGUGAACAAACAGGACCUUCCGGAAUUAGUGAAGAGUAUAUUGAAAAGCAAAGAAGAAAUCUUACAUCAUGAAGAACAGUAUGAACCAUUCUAUGCCUCCUUUUGUGUACUGGCCGCUGACUAUUUGGCCAGUAAUGCCCAUCAGGUGAGUGUGGGUGGAGUUGGCCAGACUGUGAGUGCGGCAAAGGUGCUGCUCCAGUUCCUGGCCGGACGCGUAGGGAACCCACCAACCUCAAUCACAACCCCAGCACCAUCAACUUCGACUGCAACUACAAACUCGUCUGCAAGCACCACUGCUACUGGGAGCACUGGUGCAAGCAACUCAACCUCUACUGUGACAACACCAUCAACAAGCGGCAGCACCCAGCCGAUUGCUACAGCUGCCAGCACAACCUCAACGACAGCAUCAUCCACAACUACCACUAGCACUACUGCAACUUCAUCUAGUGGAGACUGUACUCUUAGAAGUGGUGGGGAGAAAGAGCGGAUGGUUUGCGUCCAUGACAAGCACCUUCUGACGGGGAUCAAGGCCCUUUGCCGUGGAUCAGGGGCCCUCCACCGAGCAGACCAGGCCUCUCUGACGGCAGCCAUGAAAGCAGCAAAGCUUCCUCCACAUAUCAAGACUGUGGCUCCAGGUACCCCUCCUCCACCAGGUGACAAGGAUCAGGGAGCAUCCAAAGAGAUGCGGCGUGGCAGAAGUGAUCCCAGUGCUGUUAUCUUGGAGCAGUUGAUCUCACCCUUACAUGAUCUUGGGGGCUCAAGGCCUCGUCCCCCCCAUGCGCCUACCCCUCCUGCGCAGGCAGAUAAAGAUGGAGAUGGACCGCUGACUGGGGUAUCAGAUUCGGCUCUAGAUAUGAGAAAUUUGUUUGCAACACGAUGUGUGUCAGCCCUUCAAAGCUUGGGUGGUGGCGAACAGUUAAUUGAUGUAUGCCUCAGACUCCCUACCAUUGUCAAGUAUACUCAGCGUUACAGAGACCUGCUUGAGGGCAAAGGUCAUGGUUUUCCAACAUCCGUUUCAGAAGCUCUUGUUGUGAAAGCAGGGCUGACAACUUUAGUGAUGGAGCUUAGCACAGUGUGGCGUGUUAUGUCAUUACCCUUACUAGAACCUCUGAACCCUACUAGACUUCAGAAGCUGUCUACAAUUGCAAUGGCAGCUCUCUUGGCUGCUCUCACAGUUGCAACUGCUACAGCAAUUAUUGCAGUUGCAUCACAAGCCACAUCUUCAUCCAAGACACCACCUCCUCCACGUGAAGAUGACAUAGACACAGCAGCCCCAGCUAUUGCAGAGAAGGCAUUGGACCUUUUUAAUGUGAUAUUGAAUGCUGUGCGAUCCUCCACAAGAGCUGGUGGACACCAUGUCCAGAAUCUGCAGUUGAUGGGCUCGUGGUUGGUGAUGACAGGACUCCAUCAGUUGAUGCUUGUGGUAUCUUCUGCAGCUGUCACGCAAGACAAAAAGGAUGACAAAGGCCGUAGUCCUAGCAAGAAAGAUUCAGCAUCUACUCGAAUUAACUUGACAAAAGUGCAACAAGGUUUUGGUGUGGUAUGCGUGGCACUUGCAUCUCAAGGCGUCACUCUUAUGACGGGAUUGCUGGAAGAUGUAAAAGUGGAGGGAUGGACACCACCACGGCCUCCGGAUCCAGCAAGGCUUGAUCCCUUGGAGACUUACACAGCAACUGAGCGCCUUGCCAGAUUGUUUUCUGCUGUGCCACUGAAUCAGCUGCUCUUCUACCUGGCCACUAUCUCAUACAGAAAGGCAUGCAGCUUGAAGCGAACACACAGAACUAUUGGCGAAGGAGAUACAUUCAGCAUCUCUGAUUCAACCACUUACUAUGAAGAUGAUUUUUCUGAGGGGAGCCUUGGAGAAGAAGACUGUGGUGAUAACCCGGUGCUUGGCCCCGCCACAGACGACGACUCAGUUAUCAUUGGCUCGUGGUUUGAGGAACCCAGCACCCCAGGCGACGGAGGGGAUGACCCCACCACAGGAGCUGCCCAGGGGAACAGUGACUCAUCCUCCUCCCCGGAUGACUCCCAAGCCAAGACCCCUCAUCGCCACAACUCCGAAGUCACAACCAUCGUUCCUGAGAAAGGGGAGCCUCAUGGGUUUAUCUCUUUGGCAUCACAUAUCUUCCUGCUGAUGAACAGUUAUCUAGUGGAGAGUGAGUGUGCCUACGUGCAACAGUAUGUUCGUGCAGGAUUGGCUGAAACUCACAUGGUAGUCCUAGCUGCCAUCAUUAGGGACUUAGACAGGGAAACUGCCCGGUCAGACUCAGGAAGUCUUACUGGAUAUCUUGGACCAGUGUUGGGAUCUCUCUACGAUGAGUUCUCAUACGCUCUCUACCGCUACACUCACAACGUCAUUGCUUCUGGUCUCUUGAGUGAGACGCUUCAGAAUACCCUUCUUGCACAGUUGGGAGUCUCCCCCUCAACACCAGAUGGAGACUGGCCACUACAGGUCCUGCCAAGGACACUAACAGUACUAGCUCAGAUCCUACUUUUACGCCAAAGACGUGACAAGGAUGAACUCAAGUGCGACUCUGACACAGCCUGUGUUCUCAUCUGGCAUCGUGUCAUCACAACACUAACAAAGUCCAUUACAAAUCCACCAGCACCAGAAGCUGAAACAGAAGAUUUGAAUGUGGAGCAUGCUCAGUUACUGCUGUUCCUAUUCCAUUCACUGCAACUAAUGCAGAAGAAGAGUGUCCUACUGAGUGUAGCAUCUGCUGUAGUGAAUGUGUCCUCAGUCGUCAGUACUCCCAUGAGAGACACUCAGAUCUUGCACUUGGCACGACUCCUUCUCAUAUUUGAUUACCUUAUGAAGAAUCUCUAUGAGGCUCCUCAGGUGUUGAUUGAGCAAGUCCAAUGGAAUCUGUUUAAACCUAUAUGUGAAAGCCAAAGCCCUGGAAAGGAGUCUAGCUUGGGCUCAGGUGGGAAGCUAUACCAUGUAUGGAGAGAUUUGGAAGAGAACUUUAGAAAGAAUUAUUCUCAUGAUGAUUUUGCAAUUCGUCCAAGAUUCUACACACUCACUCCUGCAGAAACAAAUACCCAGGAUACACCCAAACUGGAUGGACUGGCUUGCAGUUUCAUACUUGCAACUCCAGACACACUCAAAUACAGCACACUGUAUGACACACUAGUCAAUCUCCUUGGAGUGGGCUGCCAGAAUGACCCUAGUCUACGAUUUACCUCUGAUCCCCAAUUGAGCUAUCUUGGUCUAUGUGCUGUGCAGUAUGCUUUCUCCUUGUCAUACCGUCUGCUCCUUACCAUGCCUCCCUCUGUGUCAGCCCUGGAAUCUAUGGCAAGUGCUGAUGCCAAACUAGAAGGAUCGCAUCUGUUACAUGCUCUCUUGUGGGGCCCAAGAGCAUCACACAAGAUAUUCAAUGGCUGGAUUAAGGAUGGACUUGUGAGGCAAAGCUUGACUACCCAGAAAGCUGAUGCACUGUUGAAAUCUGUUGCAAAGACUAUGUGUAAUGUUAAACAUGAUCUGAAAGUUGCAAACCACCUUAUCACUUCACUCCUUAACAAAGGUUACAGCACUAUGGUAGGCACACUCCUAACAUCAGAACAGCUGCCUGCAUUCUCCGACCUCUACAUGUUGGACACAGUGUUGGCUCGCCUCCAGGUGACUUUAGAUGAAGCAUGUCAGAAAGGUGACAUUGACUUCCGCUCAAGUGAAGGGAGUGAUCUCCUUCGUGCUUUGGACAUUUCAGCAGAUCAACUACCAAUAUCUGGCCUGCUCAGCCUCAUUCAAGCCCUUGCAUAUGCUACAAGAUGGAGUCUUCUACAACAAAUGAAUGGUGUCCUGGAGGAAGGUAGCAAACUACCCAUUGAGGCCCUCGAUGCAUAUUCCUCUGUUCUUGCUGUGUCUGGUGGCCAUGUUCCGCGAGCCGGGCCCCACCCACCUUGCCUAACCAGGGCUGCUCUCCCUGCACCACUCAAAACUGCUCUGGACAACUGGAAUGCUAAUACAAUGUCAGACUUUCCAGCAGUCCAUGCAUGGAGAAGCACAAUGAGUGGUGAUGUGCUACCAGGGGAGACCUAUGUGUCUGGUGUUGUCAUGGGUCAUGUGGCAACCCUCUCUGCUCAGCCAUCUUUUACCAUCAAUCUGGCCCUAAAACAUGUGAUGCACACACUAGUUACAUUUGCAACUGAUUUUGCAAGCUGGUGCAGCGAUGAUGAAAAGACAGGUGGACUACUAACUACCACUCUGGUUGGCCUUGCCGUUGAUGCCACCUGUGAUCAUGUAUCGGAGUCUGUCUCCACGGCACUUGACCGCCUCCUUCCAGCCCAGGAAGGUGGGGAUUCCUCUACCUCACCUGAUCAGUUCCAGCUGACACUCUACUCACAUUUGUUAACUCAUGUAGAGUCUCUCUUGCAAUCUGCAGCGGCAUGCGAGGGGGUUAUAGAUGAGCAGAUUUUAGAAGGAUGUACAACAUUCCUGGAAGAACUACUAGAGGUGUCUGCUGGCAAGUUAGCUCUGGAUAAAUUCCUUACAGAGUCACAAUUUGCCUCGGUUCUGUUGAGUCCACCUGUAAGUGGGGACAUGUCAUCAUCAAGCCUUCCGUCACACAUUAUCAAGUUCUUUAUCCGGCUCUUCCAGCUAGCUGAGAAGAAUCCAAAUGACCACACACUAGCAUCUAUAUGCAGUCGUAUAUCUGUUGGCUCUUGGUUAGAGUCCGGAAUAUUGCAAGGUUGGCUGUCUACAAAUCUGUUAACUACUGCACCCACCAGUGACUCAGAUUCAACACCAAGUAGUUGGCAACUUCUGCGGACUCUUACAGCUUAUAUUAUUACACAGGACACACAGAGUGCAGAGGAGAUAGCACAUGCCCUUCUUCGCUCCUUGGUUCCUUUGGGUUCCUCUUUGGUGUCAGGAGGCAGUGAGGGUUUGUCUAGCAUGACACAUCUCCUCUCUGUCAUGUCAUCCUUGGCAAGUGCUGGUGCAGGAACUGGUCAUGUGACUCUUUUCAGAGCUGCAAUACAGUGGGUUACACAGUGUAAACAACAUCUGGUUGGAGAAAAGGACAAGGGACUUUUGGAGGCCAUGUGUCAUCUUCUCUCAUAUGUCAGUGAUGUUGUUGCUGCUCUCAAAGUGAGCAGUGAGAGAUGGGCUGUUGCAUACAGAAGUGGCAUGACUUCGCCUCCCUAUGAGUUAGAUCUCACAGCCGACACUGACUCCGAUUGGGUUGACGACCUGGCACAAGAAGAUGACGAUAGUGCGGGUGAAGAUUCUGAUGAGGAUAGUAUGUGCAACAAACUGUGCACUUUUACAUUGACACAAAAAGAAUUCAUGCACCAACACUGGUAUCACUGCCACACCUGUCGUAUGGUUGAUGGUGUUGGGGUUUGUACAGUCUGUGCCCGGGUAUGUCAUAGAGGUCAUGAUGUCACCUAUGCAAAAUAUGGAGCUUUCUUCUGUGACUGUGGUGCAAAGGAGGAUGGCUCGUGUCAGGCUCUUGUCAAACGGAGUCCAGCCUCAUAUGAAGACGGAGGUGGAUCAUCCAGUGGGCCUGCAGCAUUUGGCGUUGAGCCUCUGCUUCCAUCCUCCUUACGACGACGCCCAUCUUCACCUUCUCAAGGAACUCAGUCAGAUAAACAUCGUGAUGACACACACAAGCAGAGACAAGCAUUAGCUAAGAAACUGGAAAAUGUACGAGACCUCCUAGUUGGCGAAGUGAGCAGCAGUGAGGUGGCUGCAACAGUCCUGGACUUGCUGUCCGAUUUGAUGCCCACUAUUCAGUCUAGUUCCAUGGAGUCCAGCUCUGUUGGGUCAUACCAGCGUGCUUUGACUGCUCUGCACCAAGUUCAUAAUGAUUCAAAGGUUGUUAAGCCAUCUGAACAGUUGAUGGUAGCCACUCUUGGGUCCCAGGAAGGAGCCUUUGAAAAUGUCCGUCUUAACUACUCUGGGGAGCAAGGGCAGACCAUCCGCCAGUUGGUGUCAGCUCACAUGAUCAGGAGAGUUGCUAUGUGUUGCCUUGCCUCUCCUGGUGGAAAGAGACAGCAUUUGGCUGUUUCACAUGAAAAGGGCAAGAUCACUGUGCUCCAACUUUCUUCUCUGCUUAAACAACAUGACUCCGCAAAGAGGAAGCUUACCCUCACAAGACUCUCUUCAGCACCAGUGCCAUUCACAGUGCUCUCUAUUACAGCAAACCCUGCCAAUGAUGAUUACCUUGCUGUCUGUGGUCUGAAGGAUUGUCAUGUCCUUACAUUUGCAAGUGCUGGAAGUGUUUCAGACCAUUUAGUUCUGCAUCCCCAACUGGAGUCUGGGAACUACAUCAUUCGUGCUGUAUGGCUGCCAGGCCAGCAAACACAGUUAGCCCUCAUCACAGCAGACUUUGUCAAAAUUUACGACCUUAGUAUUGACUCACUCUCACCUCAGUAUUUCUUCCUGUUGCCAUCUGGAAAGAUCAAGGAUGCCUGUUUUGUCUGCACUCAGGAUGCAGGAUGCUGCUUAGUGGCUAUGGCCUCAUCUGGUUACAUUUACACACAAGUGUUAAGUGAGGAGAGUUCAGCACAACAUGGACCAUUCUAUGUUACAAAUGUGCUUCAGAUACAACACCAAGAUCUCAAGGACUGCAACGGCCAAAUUGGAGGAGGAGGAGUAUCUGUUUACUACUCCCAUACUCUCCAAGUACUUUGCUUCAGCUAUUCUCAAGGAAAGAGCUUCAUUGCACCACUUGUCUCCAUAAGUGAAAACGAACGGGUUGAGAAACUUUUCCCAGUGAGUGUCAAGGGAGGCAAUGGUUCUGGAGGAAGCAGUAGCAGCAGUAGCAGCAGCAGCAGCAGUAGCAGUAGCAGCAGCAGUGGUAGCAGCAGUGGUGGCAGUGGCAGUAAGAUGGCACCACAACCAUUGUGUCAGUGGGGAGAAGUCACUGGCCAUCCUGGGCUAAUCACAUGUCUUACUCAGUCCAGUAACAAUCCUGUGAUCCUGAUGGUGAAGCCCGACCAAAUCUUAGUCCAAGAGAUCAAGGUACUACCUGCCAAGAGCAAAAUGACAGAUUUAGUGGCUUUGCGUCACUCUUGGUCCCCUAAUCAUGAAGCAAAGACAACACUUAUCCUGUUGUGCGAAGAUGGUUCCCUUAGAAUCUACAAUGCAAACCCACAGACAACAGAUUUCUGGUUAUCACCUCAAAUGCAAAGUGUCAGUGCCAUCUCAGCACUUAGACCUUCCAGGAAGAAGAAAGCACCCAAACUUGGAAGACCAUCAGGAUCCAUUGUGUUCCCUGUUGACUUCUUCGAGCAUUGCUCUGUGAUGAAUGAUAUUGAAUUUGGUGGCAAUGAUCUUCUUCAAGUGUAUAAUGUUCAGCAACUGAAGAACAGGUUGAACAGUCAAGGAAUGUACAUAGCAUCAACCAAGCCAGGUGGUUUCCAGUUAGAGGCUACUAACAAUGACUCCACCUUAGUGAUUUGUGGCAUUAGAAUUGCUGUUGGUGCUGUUGACACUCAAAGGGUGCCUGCAUUCUUGGAGGUGUUUGGUCGCACUGUAUCAAUUGCUGCAACACGCAGUCGCUGGUUUGAUGUUCCCCUCACCAGGGAGGAAUCAUUACAAGCAGACAAACGAAUUGUUAUCACAUUCGGACCUUCAGCAGACCCUUCAAAUGUAACCAUUGUUGACUCUGUAAAGAUAUAUGGAAAGACCAAAGAUGACUUUGGCUGGCCUGAAGAACCAGAGGACUUCCCCACCACUGUGAGUGGGUCUGGGACUGCUGGAACCUCUGGAACCUCUUCAGAAUCCACUUCAGCUGGAGGCAGCACUACAACCACCCCUGUACCACUGACUGCUGUAGACCGUCUUGUGUCAGCAGCACUUGAGACUCUUGACGGAUGCUUUGUAGCAACACCAGCUGAGAAGAUUGUUGCCCGUGCCGGUGCACUAGAACUUGCAACCAAAUUGCUAAAUCUUCCUCUCCCACCAACUGUGCAGCAUCACACUCGAACUCUGCUAGCUUCCUUACAUCAGAGCAGAGUUGCAUAUCAUAAUCAUAAGGAUGGAGCACAGCUUGCCAAUGUGGUAGAAGCACUCAGCAGUUUAUGCCGUGUGACAGAUCCUCAUCAACUAGAUUGUGAGGCAUACCACAGGCUUGUUGUCACAGCAAGAAAUGUGGCUGUUGCCAGACCUCAUAAUCUUGUCAAGUAUACUGAAAAAGUACCAUCCUGUGACCUGGCCCUGUUACCUUCUGAAGAUGAUUCCAAAAAAAUGGACAUCCCAGUCUCUUCUCCUGGGCCAAAGACAGAUGGAGAUGCUUCCAUGUCAAAGAAGUCAGAUGGAGACUCCACACUAAGCAAGGCAUCAGACACUACAUCAGACUCUGAAGCAACACUUGAGGGUGGAGACAGCAAUGGCAAUGAUAUUACUUGCGAUGAUAAUCAUUUCUUAGCACAACUGAUGACAGUCUUUUGGGCUCUGCAUGGUGCCAAACCAACAAAUCCCUUCCUGACACCAGUUUGUCAACCAGGACUGACUCAUGUAGAGGCAACAGUACAAGCAGUGGUGGAAAUUAUACAUGCAUAUACAGUCUGUUCCCUAUCUGUAGUGCCACUUGCUGUGAGACUUUACACAGAGCUAUUACUGUGCACAGACACAGGUGUAAGUUUUGGUGCUAAACAGGCACUGAUAAGAGUUUUGAGACCUCGACACAAGAGACGCAAGGUGUUCAUCCCUAGUCCACCAAGGUGCUCCACACCAGGUGUUGGUGUGGAUGAUGCUGAAAAAACAACAACAGCUACACAGGAGUCAGUUGGAGCUGCCCUAGUUGAACCUCCAUUUGAGGGAGCUGAAGCUGCAGAGUCAAUUGCAGAAGCUGGUGGUGGUGGGGAAGGCCUAGAAGCCUUAGGAGCCCUUGGAGGAGGUGGUGGUGGCCUGGCCCUGAGAGGUGCACUGAUGAGCAGCAUGUUAGACCUCCCUGCUGAUGAUGAUGAUGCCAUGGUAGAACUUGCAAUUGCACUCUCAUUACAUGAAGAUCAAGGACAAGCGCCAGCAGAUUUGGGUAAUCUUCCUCCAGGUCUGCAAGGACUCGUAGGGGGCCUGCCAGGUUUACAUCGCCUGCAGGGACUAAGUGGCCAAGUCCUCCAUAGUCUCCAAGUACUAGCUGCUGGAGGAAUGCCUGGUAGUGGAGCUCAGGCCAAUGCACAAGAAGGUCAACAGGAUGGUGGAGAGGAAGCAGAAGCUGGCGAUGUUGAAGGUGCUGAUGGGCAAGAAAAUGGACACUAUUCUGACACUACUGCCUCAGCUAAUGGCUCAGAUGAUGAUGAUGGCGAUGGAUCUACAGCAGCCACUGAUGGAUCAAACUUACGAGCCUCUCCAGCAGAACAUGCUGGAAGUGCCGGAAGUGAAUCUGGAGGAUCUGUUGUGGAGAGCUUGGGUGGUGAGCACAAUGUUUCUGGACGUAGUUCAGCCUAUGGAGACACUGGGCAAGAAUCUGGAGCAGCAGUUCUUCGUGAUGGAGUGGCAGCAUUACCUACCACACUUCAGGGUGACUUGGUUGAGGAGGAAUUACCAGAAGGAGGUGUAGGACUGCAUACACUCCGUCUGGCUCUAUUAGAUGCCCUGGUGCAGCGCAUUCCAUCUCUGUCAACUGUUGGAGGAGUUACAACUAUACCCUUCUUCCAAGUCCUCUUGAUGCUAACCUCUGACCUAGAUGGGAAUGACACGAGAGACCGCACAAGCUUGGAUUCUGUCCUCAUGGCUCUAGUCACUCAGUUGAACAUGAGCAGCAUUGAUGUAGCAACAGUGUCUGAGCGUACACCUGGCAAGGAGGUCCAGCUUGUUGUGAUGAGACUGCUGAGUGUAAUGAUGUCAAGAAGCAAGUCUGGUGGCAGAUCAAGCAGCGAUAAUUCCAGCGUGAUUCCACAGGCCACAGCCAAGUGCUUAGUGCGAUCAGGAGCUAUGGAACAUUGUCUCUCCUUCCUCAAAGCUCUGCUGGAGUAUUGGCGAGCAACAUCUGAAGAGCAAGGAGGCACUGUCAUUGGUGCUGGCCUCCUAAAACCUCGACCACUUUCUCUUCCGCCUGACAUGUCUCCAUUUUUCCUACGACAGUAUGUCAAGGGACAUGCCCAUGAUGUUUUUGCAGCUUUCCCUCACCUUUUGACAGAAAUGGUUCUGAGGCUGCCAUAUCAGAUGAAGAAAUUAGGGGAAGGGGGCCAGUUUGAACCAGCCUGGUCUCAUUAUCUGUGUGAGUACAUGAUGACUCAACAGACCCCAGUUGUAAGACGUCAGGUACGGAAGUUGCUGCUUUUCAUUUGUGGCCACAAGGACAGGUACCGCCAGAUGAGGGACAUGCAUGCACUGGAUUACCACAUCAAGGAUGUUAAAGUUCUGUGUGCACAAGGAGGGUUUAGCUUCUCAGGGAGUGCAUCCUUAACACCAAUUGCAUUGCCAUACGACUCCCUUAUUCAGCUUAUUGAGCAUUUGAAGUCAUGUGUAGACAUUGCCUCUUCUAGAACACCAAAUUGGCAAAAGUACUGCAUGAAAGAUGAGAGUGUACUUGGAUUCUUGAUGGAAGUAUCAUGCCUAUUAGAGGAAGGAGUUGCACCUACAGUGCUACAACUCCUACAGGCAGCACUCUGUCCUACGUCAAAGAAUUCAGAAAGUUCCAAAAGCUCAAGUAGCAGCACAAAACGAGCUUCAAGUGAAGAUAGUGAAGGAGAAAGCCGUGGUGAAGAAGCACAUUGUGCUGCACUCGUGGCUCAAAUCAAUAGAUACUUGGACCGUAACCGCAUCAGCCAGUUUGUCCGAACAUUCCUCUUGGAGUCCAACUCAACAGGAGUACGCUGGCAGGCACACUCACUGGUCCUAGCACUGUACCGCCAUUCCCCACCAAGGGACCAGGAUACUCUCCUUACACUCAUGUGGUCACUGUGGCCACACCUGCCUGCCUAUGGCAGGAAGGCUGCACAGUUUGUUGAUCUCUUGGGAUAUUUCUCCCUCAAGACUCAACACUGUGAAAAGAAGGUUAUUGAAUACAUCAACAGAGCUGUCACUGUCCUACGCACUCAGUCACAGCUUCUUGCUAACCAUCCGAAUGCUAACCUGUACAACUCCUUGGCAUCUUUAGUUGAAUUUGAUGGAUAUUAUCUUGAAUCUGAGCCAUGCCUUGUCUGUAACAACCCAGAAGUUCCAUUCACAAGUGUCAAGCUUUCCACAGUCAAGGUGGAUUCUCGCUUCACCACAACAACCCAGCUUGUCAAGCUUGUUGGCAGUCAUAUGAUUAGCAGACUGACUUUGCGUAUAGCUGAUCUGAAGCGUACUAAAAUGGUCCGUACCCUCAAUGUUUUCUACAACAACCGUUCAGUCCAGGCUGUUGUAGAGCUGAAGAACAAACCUGCCAUGUGGCAUCGUGCAAAGAAGGUGACCUUGUCUGCUGGCCAGAUUGAGGUUAAAAUUGAUUUCCCUCUGCCAAUUAUUGCGUGCAACCUCAUGUUUGAAUAUACUGACUUCUAUGAGAAUCUUCAGGCCUCAACUGAAACUCUUCAGUGCCCUCGGUGCUCAGCAGCCGUGCCAGCAUCCCCUGGAGUAUGUGCUAAUUGUGGAGAGAAUGUGUAUCAGUGUCACAAAUGCAGGGCCAUCAAUUAUGAUGAGAAAGAUCCCUUCCUUUGCAAUGCCUGUGGUUACUGUAAGUAUGCCAAGUUUGAUUACACAUUGCAAUGUCGACCUUGCUGUGCUGUGGAUCCCAUAGAAAAUGAAGAUGACCGGAAGAAGGCAGUUCUCAACAUCAACAACUUACUAGAAAAGGCAGAUCGUUCGUACAAGCAGUUGCAAGCAUAUAAACCAACUUUGGAGCUGCUGUUAGUGAGAAUAAGUGAGCAAGGAGCAGCAAGGAGUAAUGAUGAAGGCAGCUCAGGAGGCACUCAGGUGAACAGAGCCAUCCAGCAGUUGGCUCAGAAGUACUGUGGAGAUUGCAAGAACUCAUUUGAUGAUCUAUCUAAAGUUAUUCAGCGAAUUCAAGCCUCCCGGCGAGAGCUUGUUGCCUUUGAUCGGUCCCAGAAAGAAGGUGGGAAGAAGAAUGUUGUCUCCCCCAUCACACGUAGUGGUGUUGUUCAUGCAAGCACCCAUGAGGACGGAGUGGUGGCUGCUGGUCGCUGCUAUGGUUGUGCAGCAUCAGCCACAGAGCACUGCAUUACUCUUCUUCGGGCUUUGGCAACAAAUGCCACUCUCAGGGCUGCCCUUUGCCAGCAUGGACUGAUCAAUGAUCUCCUUGAAUAUAAUCUAAGGAGAGGCACUGUACAAGUGCGAAGUGAGGUGCGUCAACUCCUCUGCCUCCUGACUAAAGAUGACCUGUCAGCCACACAAGAACUGAAUCGCCUCAUUAUGGAUAAGAUCAGCAUGGCUCUGCGGUCCCAUGUGACAUCGCCAGACUUGGCAGCUGCAGUCAGACAUGAAAUGGGUUUGUUGGCAGCAUCUGCACAGAAGGAGGAUUCCUGUUGGGAGUAUAGGUUAAGGUGUGUGGUUCAAUUGUUCCUAAUGGCUGGAGGAUCCAACGCUUCCCCAACUGUGAUGGAGCACAUCACUCUGCCUUGCCUCCGCAUCCUCCAAGGGGUGAUGAGACCACCGACUCCCCCACCACCUCGUAAGAGCAGGGAUAAGACCCCCAUGAAUGCUGCAGCCUUUGUUACUGCAGUUGUUGCAGCUGCAUCUGCCUCCAGUGCUGCCUCUACUGACUUGAUGGCCGCUUACUUGGGUGGCUCAAAGGUUGGAGUAGAUGUGAGUAAGUGGCUGAGUGGUGACCCUAGUCACUCUUAUGAGACAUGGAAGAAGAGAUCAGCUAGAAGAGCACAAGAGCCAGCUAUUAGUAAAAUGAAGAAGCUUAUGGAUAAGAUCAGCAUGGCUCUGCGGUCCCAUGUGACAUCGCCAGACUUGGCAGCUGCAGUCAGACAUGAAAUGGGUUUGUUGGCAGCAUCUGCACAGAAGGAGGAUUCCUGUUGGGAGUAUAGGUUAAGGUGUGUGGUUCAAUUGUUCCUAAUGGCUGGAGGAUCCAACGCUUCCCCAACUGUGAUGGAGCACAUCACUCUGCCUUGCCUCCGCAUCCUCCAAGGGGUGAUGAGACCACCGACUCCCCCACCACCUCGUAAGAGCAGGGAUAAGACCCCCAUGAAUGCUGCAGCCUUUGUUACUGCAGUUGUUGCAGCUGCAUCUGCCUCCAGUGCUGCCUCUACUGACUUGAUGGCCGCUUACUUGGGUGGCUCAAAGGUUGGAGUAGAUGUGAGUAAGUGGCUGAGUGGUGACCCUAGUCACUCUUAUGAGACAUGGAAGAAGAGAUCAGCUAGAAGAGCACAAGAGCCAGCUAUUAGUAAAAUGAAGAAGGAUGAAGUCCAUGAAAGAUACCUCAUAGAGAAGUAUGGUUGUCGCUGGCUGGCCCACACAAUUCGUCACCAAUACGACCUAAAGAUGCAGGAAUCUUCAUGGUUGCGACGUGUCCUCUUCAACCCAUCAUCCCGCAUGGCUCGCCAGGUCACUGCACAAAUGGUGGAGUCCCUCUGCACAUCAUCCCAACGCAAGAGAGAGGUGCUGGAUAUGCUCACAACAUUCUUACCAGAAAUAGGAAAGGCAGGAGAAAGUGCUGCAGAAUUUGUCUCUCUGUACCAAACUCUCCUGUUAGGUGCUCACUGGAAAUACUACCUGGCACUAAAGGGUGUCCUGCCAACCAUCGCUAGUCUCAUUACUGCUGAAAUUCAGCUGUUGACCACAUUAGAAGAGACAACCCUUACCACAGAUCUAAGUCAAGGAUAUGCCCUCAAAGUGUUGACAGAAUUGCUCUCUCAAUUCAUUGAUGUGGAUGCCAUCAAGAGUGUUUAUAAGGGCCGCUUAGUCGGCACAGUGUUAAGUGGCUACCUCUCUCUACGGAAGUUGGUGGUUCAGCGCACUAAGCUCAUUGAUGACACCCAAGACAAGUUCCUAGAGUUGCUGGAAGAUAUGACUUCAGGUACGGAGGCAGAAACAAAGGAGUUCAUGAAUGUUUGUGUUGAGACUCUGAAGCAGUAUCCUCAAGAUGACCUGCGUACACCUGUUUUCAUUUAUGAGCGGUUGUGCUCUAUAAUCUAUCCAGAAGAGAAUGAUGUUGGUGAAUUCUUCCUAACCCUUGAGAAGGAUCCUCAGCAGGAAGAUUUCCUUCAGGGUCGCAUGGUGGGCAACCCAUACAGCAGCUUAGAUCCAGGCCUGGGCCCUCUGAUGAGAGAUGUGAAGAACAAGAUCUGCCAGGACUGUGAGCUAGUGGCAUUGUUAGAAGAUGAUAAUGGUAUGGAGCUACUCAUCUGUAACAAGAUCAUCUCGCUAGACCUGCCUGUGAAAGAGGUGUAUAAGAAGAUAUGGUUGGCAGAAAACAGCGAGAGUGAUGCUAUGCGUAUAGUGUAUCGAAUGAGAGGCCUCCUUGGAGAUGCUACUGAAGAGUUUGUAGAAACUUUAGAUAAAAAGAAAGAAGAAGACGUGGAUAAUGAACAGGUGUAUCGUAUGGCCAGUGUCAUGUGCCAGUGUGGAGGUCUUGAGGUGAUGCUUCAGUGCCUGCAGAGAAUAAGUGAUCUUUCCUAUGCCAGAGCACUUGUCACAGUGCUUCUGAAGCUUUUCCAAUAUUGUGUGAAGGUGCGUGUAAACCGAGAACGCCUGAUGGUACCUUCACUGAAUGCCAUCUCUACUCUGCUACACACCCUGAAGCAGUGUCUUGCAGCAGAGCCAGAAGUUGUUGCUGGGCCACCAGGCGGGGCAUCUCUCACAGAGCAACUACUUCAGGUAUUAGAGGCAGUGUUGGUAGAAGCUUCAUCCAUGCCAGCUGCAUCAUACACAGAGUUUGUGGAAACAUGUGGUACUCUUGAGGACAUCCAUCUCCUCUUGAACUAUGUAGCUACAUCAUCUCGCACCAAUGCUCAGGUCCGUCAGCGGUUGAUGCGUGUGCUUCCCUUCCUGGUGUUCUGUCACAAGGAGAAGAUGGAACUACUUGUGGGACACUUCCGUCCUGUGCUGGACUUUGAGAAGUUUGAUGAAGAGCACUCACCUGAAGAUGCAGCAAAGAUGGAGUCCUUCUGUGUGUUCUGUGAUGGCAUUGAGCGUAAUGAGAAUGGCAAUCAGUUAAAGGACAUGAUCAUCCGAGCUAAUAUUGUCAAGGAUGCAUUGACAUAUAUAGAAACCCACAUGCCAAAGAGUAAAAAGCUGGUAGUAGUUUACAAUGAUGAGUGGAAAGAGUUUCUAAGUCGACCAUCACUCAAAUACAUCCUCAGACUCUUGACAGGAUUGGCAACGAAGCAUAGGGGAACACAACAAGCCGUUGCAGCUACUUGCAUACCUCAUAUUCAUCGCUUAGAACAAAUAUCAUCAGAUGAACAUGUUGGCUCUGUUGCUGAAAAUCUGCUUGAAGCACUUCGUGAUGAUCCAAGUAUUGCAGUGCAGGUGCAAGAAGUACGUCGUCAGACAAGGCAGGAAAAGAAGCGAUUGGCCAUGGAGACUAGAAAGAAAGAGUUGAGCCGGCUAGGACUCAAGGCUAAUGAAAAGGAGCAAAUUACAUCUCAGUCUACAUUACUGUCACAAAUGGGAGAAAUUGCUGAGGAAUCUGGAUUGGUAUGUGCAAUUUGUUUGGAGGGUUAUCGCUGCCAACCCCAGAAAGUGUUAGCUGUGUAUACAUUCAGCAAGCGCUGUGUAGUAGAUGAGUUUGAGAAUAAACCUCACAAGACUUUGGGAUAUUGCACUGUUUCUCACUUCAAUGUGGUGCAUGUGGAUUGUCAUCUUGCUGCUGUGAGGUCAUCCAGGUCUCGGGAUGAGUGGGAGAGUGCAGCCCUUCAUAAUGCUAACACCCGCGCUAAUGGUCUCCUGCCAUUAUGGGGGCCACAGGUUCCAGAAUCAGCUUUUGCUUCCUGUCUAGCACGUCACAAUACCUAUCUCCAGGAAUGCACCACCCACAGGGAUAUCAGUUACUCUUCUACCCUUCAUGAUCUAAAACUACUACUGCUGAGAUUUGCCAAUGAAAAGUCCUUCAGUGAUGAUACAGGUGGUGGUGGCAGGCAGUCUAAUAUGAACUUGGUGCCCUACAUUCUCCACAUGGCUUUAUAUGUAAUAAACACCACUCGGUCAGUGGGUCGAGAAGAGAAGAGGCUCUCGACCUUCCUCGAGGCAAGUCAAGAAAGGUGGAUUGAAAUUGCUUAUGAGGCUGAAGGGGCAUUUUAUAUGGGUGUUUUAUCAUUAGCCAUUUAUUCACCAACCAAAUGGGCAUCUAUAAGGGUGCAGUACCUUCAACGUCUAUUGGUCGUUGCUCAUGCUAGAUCAGUGUCACCCCACCCACCACCUGGAAACAGAGUCACAGAUAAAGCAACAAAGGACUGGAGUGUGUACAAGCAUGCAGCAAUCUUCUGGGCCCUCAUUGAUGCUAUUUACAACACCUUUUUCAAGAAAACAAGUACAGAGGGAGAAUGGAGUGUAACAGUUGCUGAAUUUGUGCGUCAUAAUGACCAAGUGUUGGUGGAGGCUUCUUCUAAGGUCCUCACUCAUUAUCAAGAGGAGCUCCUGCCUAUUUCCUCCUUUAUGGAGUUCUGUGAUGUAGUUGGACUUCUGCAUGAAAUAGAGAAUCCUGAUGAAUUCCUGACUGAACUUCUGCAGAGUCUACCUUAAAGUCGAUAUUGAUGGAAGUGUUUGGUGAUGUGUGAGGUUAGAGAGAGGGUGUGUAUGACAUUGUCUGAAUGGAAUCAGUUGUGAAGAUGAAAGAAGUCUAGGAAAAUAUUCAUUGGGAUGGUUCAUUACUAUUUGAAUCUACUGCUUUAGAUUUUCAUACUGGCUACCCAGGCUUAGGUUUUCCGUAUUGAGUGGUGGAUGAAAGGCUUCAAAGCAUACCCUUCCUUUACUAGUCUCUUCUUUUUCUAGUUAUUGGUCUUAGCAUUUGGCACUAUUCAGUGUUUUCUGAAGAAAUUUAAUCAAGUAGUUUGAUUCAUUGCCUUUCUUUGUUCAUUAACCAGGUUACUUAUAGAUACCCUCACUGGCCAUUCCAGCAACCAGUCACAUGCUUUUUCUUAGUCAAGUUUAUUGUUUCUGAUACACUUAGGAGUAAAAAUGUACAUCUGCGAUGUGCUGUUAGAGUCUUUGGUUUUCCUUUGGUAAAGCUUACAAGAAUGAUCCUGUCACUUAAAUUUUUAUGUUUUGUGAAAUUAUUUCCAGUGAUAUUGAUCUUCAUAAAGCAUGUGGGCAAUCAGUUGUUUUUCAGCAACAUUGCAUAUGUUGAUAUUGAAAGCAGAUUUAUAACUGCAUUGUCUUUAUAUCACUGAUAAUGAUAUUUACAUCUUCUUUGUGUGAAAUAUUAAGAAUAUUAUGGUACUAACUGGACCACAUUUAUGAUUUAUGGUUUCCUAAAAACCUUGAGUGUAGGGUGUUUACAGUUUAAUAAAUUAGUUUAACAUGAAUAAUUAGUAUUACAUCAGCUAGGUGUUAUUUACAUAGUUUUCUGCAAGCUUGAAACCUUUGCCUGUUUGUGUGUAUUCUCUAAAUAAAGUAUGAAAUACAUAUAUAUGUUAAUAUAUAUAUAUGUGUAUGCACAUAUAUCUCUA